GUUGUUACUCGCACUACUUCAGUUCGUGUGCUACAACAUUUCUCCUCUCUCUUGCACUUCGAUGACGGACACUAUUCACGACAUCGCGUAGGAGAUAUCAUUCCAGAGCUUCUGCAGAGCCUUCUCAACGUUGUGCUUCACAGGGAGUUAUGGAGAAAUCUGAACCGACUAGCUCUUCUGCUCAGGGAACUAAACGUAAGCAUGAUUAUGACAGUGACUCAGAUGGGGGGAGGGGGAUACAGCGGACUAUACGUUCUCUACCGUCAAGUUCAAGUGAUGAAGAUCCGAUGAUGGAAAUGGAACACACCAUUCCAGUUUAUAAAAGGAAAUUCCGGCAUGUGGAAAAAGAAAAAGUUGCUGAUAUCAAUUUGGUGGGAGUAAGGGGUUUCAGUUCGUUUGCAAGGAAAGUAUCUGGUGCGGCUGGACGUCAACCAUCUGUUACUUCCCAUGUGGCUUGGCCCUGGAAGGGUUUUGAUGCUAAGUAUCUCAAGAAGGGAGGUGCCGAGUUGAACCCGCUUCUGAUUUCCUGGACAGACUUUGUUUCAGAUAUUGAUCACAUUUUGAUGGAUGAAAAUUGGCAAUUCUGUGGUUUCGAAAUUCCUGUAACAUUCAAGCGGAAAACUGGUUUAGUACUGAUAAACUCCCACAUGUUACUUCUUGAUUCCCUGAUAAAAGACAGGGAAUGUUUCACUCAGGCUCUCCACUAUCUCUGGGCAACGUGGAGCGGAAAUGAACCUGGCUUGGGAGCAGAAGAUGAUGAAAUAGCUCCAGGUUGUGAUUUAAUUUUCACAGCUGCCGGAGAAAAAAUCACAGAGUUACCCAAAGAUGAACCAGGUUGGAGAAGGGUUCAAACCUUCGUAUUCUGAUGAUUGAACAUUUCAUGAGAUAAGGGAGCAAAGUAGUUGAAGGUUUAGCUAGAAGAGCAAAUUCAGAUCCACUUCUUAAAAUCUCACUAUCCCAGCAGCGUCCCCGCCAUAUGUCCAACCUCCACAACCAGCUAAAACUGUUCUGAAAUUGUUUUCAGUAGCCUUUGCUUUCUUUGUAUUUUUUCCUAUGACUUUGUUAUUGUUUAGAUCUAAAAGCAUUAUAGUUGGAACCUGUUCUACUAUAUUUCAUGUUUUUGUUUUGAUCUGAGUGCAGCAUUUGUAAUAAAAAGGUUGAUAGAUGAGUACCAACACUAAUGUUUGAGCUUUCUCC